GCUCGCUAUAAAUGGUAACAACGUCCUAUCGUUGCUGGUAACCAUGUGGAUCACUGUUGGGAUAAUAGCUGCAGCGCUGGUCGCGUUUGUGUUAAAAUAUGUAUUCAGCACAUCUGGACCUAAUCCCUUUGACAAAGAUACUCGAGAACCACUGAAACCUCUGGUAAACGACCACAAAGUAAAAAACAAAGUUUUGAAACAAGGGUUUUUGGCCAGCAAGGUGCCAGAAAAUCUUGAUGCUAUUGUUAUUGGCAGUGGGAUUGGAGGGCUCGGACUAGCUGUUCUUCUGGCUAAAGUUGGCAAAAGGGUUUUGGUUUUGGAGCAGCAUGACCGUGCAGGAGGCUGCUGCCAUACCUUCACAGAGAAAGGAUUCGAAUUUGAUGUUGGCAUCCAUUAUAUAGGAGACCUGCUCGAGCACAAGCCUUUCCGCUGCAUGCUGGACCAGCUGACCAAUGGCCAGCUGCAAUGGGAGCCCCUCGACAACCCCUACGACACGGUAGUCAUCGGGCCACCUGAAAAUAGACGCACCUAUCCCAUCUACUCGGGACGCGACCGCUUCCCUCAGGAGCUCAAGAAGUGCUUCCCCGGGGAGGAGAAGGCCAUCGAUGAGUACAUGAGGCUUGUGAAGAGAGCUGGUCGAGGUGUGUGGGCAGUCGCUGUGCUCAAGUAUCUCCCUGCCCCUGUGGCUAAGUUCUUGGUGUACUCUGGCCUGGCUAAGCGCAUGUCCUUCUUCUUCCGGAUGGCAUCACGUAGCCUUACAGAUGUGGUCAACGGCCUAACGGACAACAAGGAUCUGAGAGCUGUUUUCUGCUACAUCUUUGGAACAUACGGAAACAUGCCCAAAGAAUCCAGCUUCUCCAUGCAUAGUCUGCUGGUGUGCCAUUACCUACAUGGGGCAUGGUACCCCAAGGGAGGGGCCAGUGAAAUUGCCUACCACAUGAUUCCCAUUAUUGAGAAGGCAGGGGGCGCUGUUCUUGUUCGAGCUCCAGUCAACCGUAUCCUCUUCAAUGAAGCCAAUGAGGCUAUUGGGGUGAGUGUGCUGAAGGGGAAGGAGGAAGUUCACGUCCAUGCUCCCAUGGUGAUCUCAAAUGCAGGCAUCUUUAAUACUUACCAGAAGCUGCUGCCAAAGGAACUGCAAGCGAGACCAGACAUCCAGACUCACCUGAACAUGAUGAAGAAUGGAGAGGGUGGAUUGAGUAUCUUUUUGGGUAUCAACGGAACCAAAGAGGAGCUGGGUCUCAAAGCAGAUAACUACUGGAUCUUUACUGAAAACAACCUGGAUGAACUUUGUACAGAGUACCUGGAGGGUAAGAGAGAGGAAUCUGCAAAACAUAUCCCACUGCUCUUUGUGGCCUCCCCUUCAGCCAAAGACCCCACCUGGGAGGAGAGAAGCCCUGGGAAGUCCACACUGAGUCUGGUGAGCUUUGCUAAAUAUGAGUGGUUUGAAGAGUGGAAGGACGACAAGGUAACCAACCGGAGUCCUGAUUAUAAGGAACUGAAGGAGACCUUCAUCCAGACAGUGGUGGAUGUGGUCGUCCAGAUCUACCCAAAGAUCAAGGACCGGAUCGAGUAUGUGGAUGCUGGCACCCCCAUAACUAACCAGUACUACAUUGGGGCCCCCAAGGGAGAGAUCUAUGGUGCAGAUCACGGAAUGGCACGGUUUAGCCCAGAACUCAAUGCAACCAUCCGACCACAGACCCCACUGAAGAACCUGUACCUUACAGGUCAGGAUGUGUUUCUGUGUGGCUUUGCCGGUGCCUUGGCUGGAGCCCUUACCUGUGGCUCAACUCUCCUCAACCGAAACCUUCACCUGGACGCCAUUGCCCUAGCCAAGAAAAUGAAAUAUAUCAACACGAAGAAGGACCAGUAACUAAGUGGUAUGCAAGAGCUAAACAAAAACUGGUCCAUGCAGCAACUCUAAGCUAAUGCAAUAACUGUCUAAUCAAGAGAAGCUCUCUAUAACUGACGAACAUCAACACUACAAAAUGAGCAGCAGUUAGUGUUUCGCUGGGAUACACUUCCUCUCCAUUCAAUACAACGGUAAUGACACUACUGAUGCAAGCCAAUGAAAAGCUACAGAGCUAGCAUGUCCACUCUGCCACUAUCUAACCAACCGCAGAACCUCACAUCUCCUAACAUCGUCAGUGUUGACAGGGUUGAUGUAAACACGGGACAAAUAAUACUAUUGUAUAUGUGGCCAUACGGUUUGAAACGAAUAACAACAUUUUAUAUGUGGCCAUACAGUUUUGGAACAAAGAAAAAAAGUCUGUUUUGUACAGUCAUCGCUAAAAGUUUUGGCAGUGAGCAAUGUUUGCUAACAUAAGAGAACACUUUAAUUAAAGUACUUUUGCGAACUCAGGGCUACCUU